AUGCUGGUAAUGAAAUUGCUACGUGAUAAUUCUCCGCACAUUACGUGGGACGCCUUUCAUGUUUUCAAAGUGUUUGUGGCGAAUCCAAACAAGCCACAGGAAGUCAUCAAGAUUUUAAGAGACAAUCAGGUUAAGCUGUGUCGUUAUCUGACGACCCUUCAUCAAGAUAAGGAAGAGAACGAUACUCAGUUCCGGGACGAAAAGGCCUUGAUCAUAACGACUAUUGAAGCACUGUAA